AUGUCCAUCCCAAAAGUCUCUGGCAAGUUGCAGGAUAUCUCGCCGCUCAUUCUGGGCGGUGCAACCUUCAACACCCAGUACAAUGACGACCCAUACUCGAUGAAGAUCGAGGAUCUUUUGUACGCGGCGUUCCAGAACAAUAUCAACGCAAUUGACACUUCUCCUUAUUACGGGCCUUCUGAACAACUCAUUGGCGACGCUCUCCAGAACUUGCACAAACGAGGCAAAAUCGCCAGAGACAACUACUACUUGUGCACUAAGGUCGGUCGGAUUCAGCUGGACGAUUUCGACUACUCCCCGGACUGGAUCACCAAGUCCGUCCAUCGGUCCCUAGAGAGAUUUAACACGACUUACCUGGACGUGGUUUAUCUUCACGAUAUCGAGUUUGUUGAGGAGCGGGGCAUUUUUGCUGCUCUAGAACGUCUUAUGGAGCUCAAGAGCCAAGGUUUCAUCCGUAACGUGGGUAUUUCUGGCUACCCUGUCCCGUUCUUGUACCAUAUCUGCUCCACCAGUGCUUCUCAUCCAAAGAUCGGGAAACUGGACCUUGUUCUUAGCUACUCCAACAUGUGUCUGCAAAACACGUCCCUGUUGGACUGGUAUGACAAGUUCAUGGCCACUGGUAUCCAGUUGUUGAACAACGCCUCGAUCCUGUCGAUGUCACUGCUCCGGUCCCAGGAAACCAGAUCGUUCCAUCCAGCGUCGCAGGAACUCAAGGAUGCAUGCGCCGGUCUUGCAACCACCUUGAAACAGACCUACAAUACAGAACUGGCGGAGCUGGCCACCAGAUUCGCAAUUAGAGAAUGGCUUCCCAAGAACGGGAAGACAGUCAUUGGAGUGUCCAAUAUUGACGAGCUCAACUCUGCUUUAUCCCAAUACAAGACGAUCCUGGAGAAAUCCAAAGACUCGCAAGAUAAAGAGCUAAUCGAGCUCAGUCAGAAACAGCUAGGACCUCACUUCAACGAAACGUGGAACAGCGGAAUCUAUAGAUCAUUAUAA